AUGAGUGAAAGUGAAACACCCCGUAGAUCGUCGAGCACAGUUCAACGAAGAAACAUUCUCGACGCGCUCACAGGAUCACUCGGGAGGGAAGAAGGCGGAGUGGAUCGUAUCCCGACCGUUGCCCAGCAGAAGGCCGCACAGCAGGCAUUAAUUUCAAAGCGCAUUAUGGCGCAGAAUUUAGAGAUUCUUGUCGACCGGCAGGAGCUGCUAACAGACAAGUUGCUACGAAUGCGUGAAACGUUGCAGGAGGAAAAUAUCAGCGUUCAUCUAUUAAAGCUUCACGUAGAAACACUGCGCCGAACAGCGGAUGAAUUUGAAAAGGUUUACUCCGAAAUGGUCUCUCUGGUAACUAAAGAACAACGCGAUGCUUUGAGACUUGAAUAUGCCAACUUCGAAACGAUUCAUAACGAUGUGUACGUGACGCUGCAGACGCAAAUCGACCAAGUACAGCAGCAAUUAAAAGUGCAAGAGCUUCAGCAUGUUCCGGUUUCGCUGCCUUCCUCACAGGCACAGAUAGCUCCAGUAUAUGUGCAGAGUCCAGCUCCUCACCUCCAAGCUCCAUUUCCAACUUUUAACGGUACUCUCGAUAACUGGUACAGCUUCAAAAGCUUAUUCCAGAGUAUCAUGGCUAAGUACACAAACGAAAGUGAUGCUAUGAAAAUUCUGCAUCUACGAAACUCGCUCACUGGUGAAGCAAAAGAUAAAAUAGAUCAAGAAGUGGUUAACAACAGCGAUUAUGCCACCGCGUGGAAGAUCCUGGAAGAUGCCUAUGAAGACAAGCGUCUAAUUAUGGACACCCAUAUCGACGCUAUCUUGGACUGUCCGAAAAUCACUCGAGAUAAUCGUGGCAAGUCGCUUUCAAUGCUAGUUGAGCUUUGCGGUAAACAUACCGAUGCCUUGAACGGCCAUGGAUACCCCGUCGAAGGAUUGGCAGAACUCAUACUGGUAAACGUGCUGUACAAAAAACUCGACAAAGAGACACAGGAGCAGUGGGAAACAAAGUUGGGUAGUGGCGAGCUCCCUGAAUUUGAUGAAUUCAUCGAUUUCUUGCGCGAGCGAGGUCGUGUACUGCAGCGGACGAAUCGGUCCCAGCAGCCAGCGGCACAUCAGGCAGCCCCUAAUAAGCGACAACCAAUGAAUCAGAAGUCACACGUACCUUCCAACUCGUUUGUACAAGUAGCAAAGGAGAUAUGCCUAUGUUGCAAAGCAGAGCACUCGAUCUAUCGCUGUGCCAAGUUUCAAGCUAUGCCCCUGCAUGAACGAAAAGCUUUUGUGGCCAAGGCAGUCCUGUGUUUCAAUUGCUUGAAGGCCAAACAUCGAGUCAGCAAAUGUCCGUCAGAGCAAGGUUGUAAAACGCAAGGUUGCGGUCGCAGGCACCACAGCAUGCUUCACAGCAAUGACACUCUCGGUGUGGCAAGUCCAGACAAGCACGCAAACAACGAAGAACAUGAAGCAGAAUCCGAUUUACAAUCUGAGAAGCAGCCGAAGGUUCCUGAACAGCGAAACAGUGCUACAACUCUUUGUGCUAACAUUGGUGGUGCCAGACAGCAAGUCGUUUUAUCGACGGCCCAAGUAUUGGUUACUGGAAAAGGCAAUUCGGUCGUGAAGUGUCGUGCUCUAUUGGAUUCUGGAUCCGACAGUAACAUUAUAAGUGAGAAAUUAGCAGAAAAGCUGCAAUUGAGGAUGGUUCUGGUAGACUUUCCUAUCAGCGGCUUGAACAACAUCGAAACACGAGUCAAGUAUCAAUUAGCAUCAAAGUUCCGGUCCUGCACCAAUUCGUUUACCUCGGCCAUGCUUGAUUUUCUGGUCGUUCCACGAGUAACCUCAAAUCUUCCAGUUGCUGAGAUUGAUGCCCAAUUGUGGCCGAUUCCAUCCGGCCUGCGGUUCGCUGAUCCUAAGUUCCAUUCGCCAGGUGAAAUAGACAUGAUCAUCGGAAAUGAGGUAUUUUUUGACCUAAUAAAAAAGGGUCGAUUGAAGUUCGGCGUCGACGGUGUUACGUUAGCAGAAACGGAACUAGGUAUACCAGCUAACCGCCAUGAAGAGAUGCUCAAUCAAACGAUGGCGAAGUUUUGGGAAUUGGAAAACGUUCACCCAGAGAAAACUACGACAACAGCUGAAAAUGUGGUUGAGAAUCAUUUCAAAACCACACACUACCGUGACGACUCCGGUCGAUAUGUAGUGCGACUGCCAUUCAAUGGCAUGGAAUGUCAACUUGGUGAUUCUUACGAUGCUGCUCGAAGACGCCUCAAUAAGCUAAUGAUUCAACUAGCAAAAAACCCAGUCAAACGUGAUGAGUACUACAAUUUUAUGUCCGAGUAUUUAGCCUUAGGUCAUAUGUCGGAGGCUAUUCAGUGCACGGAUGGUGGUGGCUACUACAUUCCCCACCAUGCCGUGUAUAAGGCGUCGAGUUCGACUACAAAAACAAGAGUGGUUUUCGAUGCGUCGGCAAAAACCACCACUGGUCUAUCCCUCAAUGACACGCUAUUGGUUGGGCCUACGGUGCAAAAUGACAUCGUCUCGAUCAUACUCCGAUUCUGCAUCCACCCGGUGGUGCUAACUGCCGACAUUUCAAAAAUGUACCGGCAAGUAAGGCUACAUAAGGAUGAUUGCAAAUUUCAACAAAUUCUAUGGUGGGAUAAUAACGGGCAGCUAAAAGUGUACGAACUGCAAACAGUCACAUAUGGCAUUGCUAGCUCACCUCAUCAUGCGACGAGAGUAUUAAUUCAACUGGCCACUGACGAAGGUGAAGAAUUUGAGCUAGGAAGAAAGGCUAUUACGGAAGAGAGUUACAUCGACGAUUUCUUGACUGGUGGCUCGUCGAUUGAAGAAGUCAUUCGUAUCUAUUCGGAAUUAUCAGAGCUGCUACGUCGUGGUGGCUUUGAAGUGCAUAAGUUUUGUUCAAACAGCAUUGACGUGUUGAAAGCCAUUCCUAAGGAACUACAAGAGAAACAAGUCAGCUUUGAUGAAUCUGGUAUAAACAACAGUAUCAAGACGUUGGGGUUGAUCUGGAACCCCCAGGAUGAUUACUUUAUGUUCCGUGUGGCUCCAGAGGAUUGCGGAGUGGUGCCGACUAAGCGCAAGGUGUUAUCGGAAAUCGGACAGCUUUUCGACCCGCUCGGUUUCUUGGGUCCGAUUAUUGUAUAUGCCAAAUUAGUAAUGCAGGACAUUUGGCGCCUUGGUCUUGAUUGGGAUCAAGAGCUGCCAGGGGACCUAAUGAGAAAAUGGAAUUUAUUUCGACAGCAACUUUUGGCUGUGAAUCAAAUGCGUAAAUCUCGUUGUGUGACACAAGCUCAAGCGAUUACUCUGGAGCUGCAUGGUUUCUCGGACGCCUCCAAGCGCGCCUAG